GUCACCGUGGCAACAGGAUUUCCUUCAGAGCUCAACCUCAGGUUCUCUUAAAAGUAAAAUGGCUGAAAGAAAAAGGAAUCCAAACUGGACAGAGGAGGAGAAAGCAAUCCUGUUGAAGGAAUACUCAAGACGAAAAGAGAUCCUAACAAGCAAGUUUAACCCUGCAGUGACGUCAGUCAUUAAGCAAAAGCACUGGAAAGAAAUAACAGAUUGUGUUAACUCUCAAAAUCCCACAGUGAAGAGAACCAUUCAAGAAGUUAAAAAGAAAUAUGAAAAUCUAUCAACUGCAGCAAAAAAAGAAUACAGAGAAUUAAGAAAGGCAGCUACAAAAAGAGCUCCACAGGAACCCUCCCAGCUGUCUGGCCCAUCACCCUUACAGACCGUUUCAGUAUCUAGCUCUCCAGCACUCCCUCCAAGGAUCGUGGCUGUAUCCUCCUUUGUCCUACCAACUAGUAGACCACAAGCACCUCUUCCACGGCCUCCUCUGUUGGUUCCUCGCCCUCGACAGGUCACUCCAGUCCUACAACCUCCUCGAGCGGUUGUCAGUUCUUCAGCGGAUGUGUCGUCCACUCCCAGAGGAAUGAAGGAGUUAGGAAACUUUGGCGAGGAGCUUGAUCGGAUUCAUUCGGCCAUCACUAACUGUGGGGACAGGAUAGUGGCUGCCAUUGACCCUAUUGCUUCAUCUCUCCAUGAACUCACCCACCACCUUGGCUCCCUAGUGGAUCUGCUGGGAAGACAGCCCUCACCUCCAUGCCAUCACACGGCCAUUCAAACCUCUGAGGACAACCAGGAGGAGUCAAAUAUAGACAACACAGCUCUACUAAUAGUGCCUAAAGUCGAGAAGACAUCCCCUUCCUAUCCAUCAACAUCUUCAACUCAGAUGAUCCAAAACACUGACGAUUAUAGAUAGUACUACCGCCAAGCACCCUGAUUACAAAAAACUCUUACCAUGCCGUGCGUUUAAACCUGUGUCGUACUGAUAAUUAAGAGAGGUGAUGAUUCUCACCAGGAUCUCAGCUAUGUUAGCUGACUAACAUUUGUCUUAAGAUUUGAACUUCUAUUGCAGCUUAUUAUUCCUCAAUCGCUAAGCAUGCUAAAGAGAUGGCAAACCCACCAAACACCUGUUACUAUUUAGAUAGGACAUGGCAUAAAUGAUACAAUCCCACAAUAGCCUGACAUUUCACAUAUUGUAUACAACUCCACCCCAGUGAUGUAUACACAUUUAGUUUUGAAUAUCAAAACAAUAUUGUUAAAAUAGGAAGCCUUCAUUAAAAUAUUUUAACAUUUAAAAUGUUAUAGUCCUUAGUGGACAGGCUAGAGAUUUCCAGUAAUUGUCUGUUCAGAUUUGAGGUGGACCAAUAUGAGAGUGUCUAUAAAAGCCAAAAGGCUAUAAUUUCAUAUUCCAUUAGGAAAAAGUACCUUCAAAAGAAAUUCAUAGCAAGCAUAGGUAGAAAAGAUUUCUAUGCUUCUGCUCAUUUAACAGGACUCACUGGCAAUGAGCCUGUUAGAGAAGGUGAUGUCUCUCCCUAGGAACCUUGUAUUGCUGAAUUCUCCUUGGAGACCUGGCUUUUUGAGUUGGUGAAAUUCACCGUCUGGGUAUUGGCACUGUGCGAUUCUGAAGCCAGAGCUGUCCAGGAGCUGGGGACCGAAUCCCAGCAGGGCUGUAGGGGCACACAGCUCUCAAUAGUGGUUUUUAAGGUUGAUAUACAGUACUUAAUUCAAGGAUGUAACAGUAAGCUUCAGGAUUAUAUAAGAAUCACAAACAACACAAUAAGUACCUGUAAUUUAUUAAAACUAAUAUCAUCUGGCACCAUUAUGAAUCCUGUGUUAUCCAAUACAUUCUAUUAAUACCAUAAAUUUCACCCUUUAUUUUUUUAAUGAAUUUUUUGAUGGCUUUAUAAUGAUUUUUUUACUUAUGUAAUUGUAACUUCCAUGAAUACUUUGGACUUACUCUGAACUACAAUUUCUUUAACAAGCUGUAUUUAACUAGAAAUUUCUAAUUGUUAAACUGUAAUUGUAUUUCAGACCCUAUCUGAGAGCAGCUUUUAGUGCUUUGGAUACCCAGUUCACAUCAGGUCACAUUUAUCUUGAGCCAACCAACACUAUAAAUGACACUAUAUCAACAUUUAAAUGUUAAAAACUUUAUUACAAAUGAGUAAACACCCCAUAUUGUGUUUGUUAUGGAUGCCAGUGUCCUACUGUAUCAACACUGCUGUCUGUGCAAAAUGAGUUUACCCUCCCCUUAACUUGACAGCCCAUAUACUGUAUAGCAGCCCAGAUAGACUGUAGCAGCAGUCAUCCAGUAUUCAUCAAGAUAAAGUCACUGUAUGUCUGUCUUAACAUUCCCCACAUGGACUCUGACUUUGCCUCUUUAGCACAGACCUCUGCCUACUUUUUAUGACUAGGGGAGAGGCAGGCAUCCUUGUUCAUCUGACCAUGUUUCUUUCUGAUCCACACAUCCCAGCAACAUCAAGGCAAAGGUGUCUUUAGAGGCUUGUCAGAUUAUAAGGCUAAUAACAAAUGUACAUUAUUGAAUAUGCACUGUAUAUAAAAUAUUCCAUGCUGCUUUAUGGCAUGAGUUCACCUGACUGAAAUUAAUACAAUUUAUUAACACAAAGAAUUAGUGAUGUGUUAUAAACAGCUAGUAUAUUUACCGUACUUAUUGAGCUUAUACAGUAACCCUCUCCUGUUAAAGGAAACGGAUUAUUAAUAUUUAUAGUACUCAAAGGACAGCUUUACUGCUGAAAGUAGAAAGUAGAUAAAACCUAUUGAGGAACUAAGAAAUAUAUUUGAGGAGGAACAAAUACUGUAUAUUACUAAAUAUGUGGAGUAAUGUAUUUUAUUAUGUAGCAUACACAAGUUUAAAAGAAGUAAUACUAAAUGAAGAAAGAUUACAUGGAGUUUAAAACACAAGUUUAUUUUCAUGAUUCAUGUCAAUGGAAGUAAUGGAUAGUAACACAACUACAUGAGUAGUUCUGUUCUUUCAUGUUAAAUAUAAAAUAUUCUGUACAUUUAAAUUAAACUUAAUCAAAAUUUACAAAAAGAGCUGGUUGCAUAUUUGUACUGUAACUUAUGACAUUAUAUGAAUGGU